UGCAAGGUACGGCUCAACAUAAACUCACAGCUCAUUAUAUUAAACCGCUUUGAAGUUUACUGUCACCAUGUGUUAGUGAAUAAACAUUCAUCCAGACAAACUUAUAGAGAGAGAUCAGUGAUGAACAGAUCAUGUGACCCCCAACCACGUUGUUGUAUUCUACUUCUGUAAAGCAAAGUAUUAAAAGAGAAACUGUAAUUCGUCUUAUUGUUUAUUUAUAUUCCACUGUCAUGACUAAUAACGUAACAGGUUAUGGGCCCAGUAACAGCAGAUUGAUAUUCGACGGUGAUGAAUGAAGAUACGAAUUAUGGGAGGUCAAAUUUCUUGGAUAUCUACGAUUGAAAAAGUUGAGUGAAACCAUUCUCACGCCAUUGGUGGGCGAUGCCAGUGAACAAGUUAUAGCAGCUGAUUCAGUCAAAAACAUGGAUGUAUUCGCCGAGUUAAUACAAUUCUUAGAUGAUAGAAGUCUAUCUCUGGUUAUUCGAGAUGCGGCAAACGACGGCCGGAAAGCUUUGGGAAUUCUACGGGAGCACUAUUUGUCAAAAGGAAAGCCACGUGUUAUAUGAAUGUACACCGAGUUAACUUCGUUAAAAAAAUCAGCUGACGAAGAUAUCACCGACUAUAUGCUGAGAGCAGAGACAUCAGCUACUUCACUUAAAUCGGCAGGAGAACAGGUCAGCGAUAGCUUACUGAUUGCUAUGAUUAUAAAGGGAGUCUUCUACAAAAUACAAGCCUUUUUCAACAGUAGUGACACAAAAGGACAAAGAACUACCUUUCAGUGAAUUCAAAGUUUCACUGCGAAGCUUUGAAGAGACACAAAAUCUAUCCACUGAGUGUGCCAAAGAGGACAGCGUCAUGAAAGUUAAUACUGGGAAACCAUCAUAUAAAUCGAAGAAAGAUCUAAUUUUCUAUGGAUGCGGAAAGGCAGGACAUAAAAAAUCGGAAUGUCGUGUAAAGAAGCGCUGGUGUGACACGUGCAAGAAUCAUACUCACGAUACUGAGAAAUGUCGCAAGAAGAACCAAGGAGAUGAUGCAACAAAAGCAGUAAGAGACACUAGUAUAAAUAAUAAUAGUGUGCAUGAAGAAAAUCAUUCAUUUGUAUUUCAAGUAGGAGUAGAUGUAACUAAUAUAGAUAAUGUAAAUGGGUUGCUUGUGGACUGUGGGGCCCACCACCCAUAUUGUGCAUGAUAUUAGUAAGUUUAUAAAUUUUGAUAAACAGUUUAAUCCUGAGCAUCAUUAUAUUGAGCUGGCGGAUGGUAGUAGGUCUAAUAAUGUUGCGUUGAAAAGGGGAGAUGCAAAUGUUGAGUUGUGUGAUGUAGAUGGUAAUGUGCAAAAGGCUCUUGUCAGAAAUGCCCUGUAUGUUCCCUCUUACAAACAGGACAUAUUCUUUGUUCGGGCUGCAACUAGCAGAGGUUCCACGGUAAGUUUUUUACCCAAUAAUGCCAAACUUAUAAGUCCAAAUGGCACAGAAUUUAAGAUAGAGCAGAACGGUAAGUUGUACUAUUUAAACAGUGUGGUUUCAUCUAGUAUGUCUAGGCAACCAGGUAUGUCUAAGUCGUUGAAAGAUUGGCACGAGAUACUAGGCCACUGCAAUUUAAAUGAUGUGUUAGCCUUAGAAAGUGUUGUAGACGGGAUCAAAAUAACAGGUAAGAAAGAAUUUGACUGUGGGGUAUGUUUUAUGGGGAAAAUGACCCAACCCAGAAAUAGAAAACCCGAUAGACGUGCAACAAAGAUACUAGAAUUAGUACAUUGUGACCUAGCGGGACCAGUUGACCCCAUUGCUAAAGAAGGUUUUAGAUAUGCCCUUGCCUUUGUUGAUGAUUAUUCAGGUAUAGUCAUGAUUUACUUUAUACGGCACAAGAGUGAUACCCUGAAGGCUACUGAAACAUUCUUAGCUGACUCAAGUCCAUACGGUAAGAUUAAAUGUAUAAGAAGUGACAACGGAACCGAGUUUACCUCGGAAGCCUUUGAAAAUCUUUUGAUCAAACACUGCAUAAAAAAUGAAAAGUCGGCCUCUUAUUCGCCACAUCUAAACGGCACAGUUGAAAGCGUCUGGAGAUCUAUUUUUGAUAUGGCUAGAUGCCUACUUAUUGAGGCCAAAUUACCUAAAACACUCUGGACGUUUGCAGUUAUGGCUGCAGUGUACAUAAGAAAUCGUUGUUACAACCAUAGACUUAAGAAAACACCUUAUGAAGUAUUUACCAGUCAAAAACCCAAUUUGCAAAAUAUGCAUGUUUUUGGCACAGUGUGCUACACGUAUUUGCAGGAGAAGAAGAAAUUGGACCCAAGAGGGGAAGAAGGAAUUUUCGUAGGGUAUGAUAAGGGAAGCCCAGCCUACCUUAUAUAUUUUCCAGAAACAGGAUCAAUUAAGAGAAUCGGUUGUGUUCGUUUCACUGAUAAAUUUGGAAAUGACAAGAAUACAGAAGAAAGCCCUCAAUUAAAUAUUGAGGAUGAAAUGAUUGUUAGCUUACCACCGUGUCCAUCAGAUCCCCAACCGACAAAUGAAAACAAGAAUCAUUUAGUUCCCCCAAAUCCAGUAAGUGACUUAAAUAAUGAUAUUGGUGAUCUCAACCCAACUGCCAUUAAUGAUGAGGGUGGGAAUGUCUAAUUACCAGAAACUAGGUACCCUAGUCGUAUCCGGGCAAAGCCAAAGUAUUUGGAGCAAUAUGUUGAUGGUGACGAAGUCGAUGAAAACAACCACAUCAAUUUCACAGUUGAUUACUGCUGUAAUAUAACAGAUGUACCGAAAACGUACCAGGAGGCGAUAUCCUCGCCUCAUUUUCAUGAACGGCAAAAGGCCAUGGAGGACGAAAUGUAUGCAUUAAGGGAAAAUGACACAUUUGAACUUACCACAAAGCCUGAAAAUAGAAAUACAGUGGGGGGAAGAUGGGUUUAUGCCAUUAAAACUGGCCCUAAUGUGGAAGAGAAGUACAAAGCCCGCUUUGUAGCCAAGGGAUAUUCGCAAAUACCAGGUGUUGAUUAUCAUGAAACCUUCUCACCCACUGCAAGAAUGACAUCUAUUAGAAUCCUAAUGCAAUUAGCGGUGCAAUACAAUCUGACAAUACAUCAAAUGGAUGUGAAAACAGCAUAUCUGAACGCACCUAUUGACUGUGAGUUACAUGUUGAACAACAUGAAGGUUUUACUAUGACAGGAAAAGAUGGUGAGUAUCUUGUUUACAAACUUAGAAAAUCCUUAUACGGACUGAAGUAAAGUGGUCGUAAUUGGAAUAGUGUGCUACAUUCCCAUUUAGUUAGUGAGGGGUUUAUUCAGUCGCAAUCAGAUAGUUGUGUUUACACCAAAAUUUCAGGUAAGUCGAUGACCAUUGUGAUAAUUUGGGUUCAUGAUAUAAUAAUUGCAUCAAAUUGCACAGUUACGCUAACGAAUGUGAAAAGUAAUCUAGGUAAGAGAUUUCAAAUGAAAGAUAUGGGAAAAUUAUCAUGGUUUUUAGGCAUAGAAUUUAUAUGUGAAGAGGGAGUAAUUAAGAUGAACCAAACAAAAUACAUUGAAAGACUAUUGUCGAAAUUCAGUAUGGAAAAUUGCAAACCCAGAUCCACUCCAUGUGAGAUUAACUCACAUAAGGUAAGUGAGUUAAAUUCAGUGCCAACUGAUAACAGAUUGUACAGAGAGAUCAUAGGCAGUCUUGUUUACAUAAUGACUGCAACUAGGCCAGAUCUUUGUUAUAGUGUAAUGAAACUUUCACAAUAUUUGUCAGCAUCAACCAUGAGUCACAUAAACACUGCAAAGCAUGUAUUGAGAUAGGGCACGGCUAACAGAAGUGCACGGCUAACAGAAGUCUAAUCUUCAGGAAAGCUGAUGAGCCACUGCACUUAGUUGGUUGUUGUGAUGCUGAUUGGGGUGCGUCAGAAGAUAGACGCAGUAUAACCGGGUACGGUUUCCACCUUUGUAGCAAAGGUCCUUUGAUUUCCUGGAAGAGUAGAAAGCAACCUGCAGUUGCUUUAUCCACAUGUGAAGCUGAAUAUAUGUCUUUAGCUUCAGCUGCUCAGGAAGGUAAGUUUCUUUCUCAGCUGUUGGAGGAUAUGGUUAAAAUUAAGUUUACUCCAGUGACACUUCAUUGUGACAAUCAGGGAGCUUUAGCCUUGGCAAAAAACCAUGUUCAGCAGCAAAGAUCAAAACAUAUUGAUAUACGUUAUCACUUCGUAAGAUCGGAAGUUCAGAGAGGUCUCCUUCAUUUAUUGUAUGUAACAUCAAAAGAUAACUUAGCUGAUAUAUUUACCAAACCAAUAUCAGGACCGAGAAUAAAAACUUUUGUUCCUAUUAUACUAGGAGUAUAA